AUGACGUCAAAUAUUAUUGAGUCAAUCAAUUUGGCACUUGUAUCAGCAAGAGAAUUGCCAAUAUAUGACUUCCUAGAAGAAGUUAGAAAGAUGUUUGGACGUUGGAAUUGCAGCAAUAACAAAGAAGCUUUACACACGUACACAAUGCUUAGGAAAAAAUAUCAAGAGAUUCUUACAUUGAAUGAUGCGCUGUUUACACGUAUGACGGUUGUACUAUCGACUGAACACUUGCACAUGGUGAAUGAAGAAGGAAGGUAUUACAUUGUUUGCCUCCUAAAGAAAAAUUGCAGUUAUGGGUGGUUCCAAGUUGACGAGUUACCAUGCCUACAUGCUUGGGCUGUCUUGAAAAGCAAGUUUCUAAUGCCGGAUGAUUAUUGCUCGGACUAUUACAAACCAAAGUCUGUUAUAAUGGCAUACGAGGUGCCUGUGUAUCCUCUCCCUGAUCGAAGUGAAUGGAAUAUACCAGCACAUAUAUUAGAGGAAGUUGUCUUACCACCCAAAUGGAAGAGACCUCUUGUAAGGCCAAAAGAAGAAGUGUGA